AUGCAGAUCCAGUCAUUCCUCCUCGCCGCACUCAGUGUCACCGCAGUCUCUGCCCAUUUCUCAGUGACAUACCCCUACUGGCGUGGUAACAGCUACAAGACCCAAUGGACCUACCCAUGCGGCGGCGUUAACCAAUCCAUCUCCGACACCAACCGCACCCUCUGGCCGCUCGACGGAGGCGCCCUAGUCUUCAAGCCCUCCCACACAUCCGCCCAAACAUAUAUCAACAUCGGCUUCGGCAACAAUGUGACCAGCCUGAACGAAACCCUUAUUGGGCCCUUCAACCAGACCGGAAACGGUACCUUCUGCUUCCCACACAUCACGCUGCCCGAGGGCCUCGAUAUCACCGAGGGCCUCAAUGCUAGUAUCCAAGUAGUCCAGCUCUCCCACAACGGUGGUGCGCUGUACAACUGUGCGGACAUCACUUUCUCCGCGGAGGCGGUGCAAACCCUGGAUGGAGAUGUGUGCUUCAACUCCACGGGCGUUGGGUCUGCGCCGUUUGAGUAUGGUGAUGCUGCCGCGGCGACGACUUGUAAUGAGUCGACGAGCACUUCGGAUACAGUGCAGACUACGAACAGUACUGGAGGAGCGGCGCCGGCAGGAUCAAGGAUGGGUACUGGGGCGGUUAUGGGCGCUGUGGGAGUUGUGGUCGCCGUGCUUAUGAUGUAA